CUGUAGUCGUGUGUCAGCCGCCGAUGACGUCGGUCGUCCGCGCCGCGCUCGCUCGCUAAAAUAUUACGUGAGCUUCAUUAUAACUCGACUCAACUCUCCGAUUGAAAUGUUAAUUAAAACCGUGUGUGAGUAAAGUGCUUACGGCAAUAUAUGGAGGAUAAAGCCCUGUGAUAUGUGAUGGAACUGUUUGUUUAAAAACUUAAUGAGGAUGUAUGUCUUAUUGGCAGUACUCAGUUUACUGAUAAAAGAGUCGUUACUGCUAAAAAUUGUUCGUGUAUCAGUGCCCACAUACCGGGUUCGGGGUCAGCCGGCCCAGUUCGAGUGCGAUUACGAGCUAGGCGAGGACAACCUGUACUCAGUCAAGUGGUACCGAGAUAAUGAAGAGUUCUACCGGUACAUGCCGAAGUAUGAUCCGCCGAAACACGCCUACAAAUUGGAAGGGAUUAAAGUUGAUUUACAAAAGUCAGACGACCGCAGAGUCAUCUUACAUCAGGUGACGCUCAAAUCCAGUGGGUUGUACAGAUGCGAAGUAUCAGCCGAAGCGCCAAGCUUCGCAUCAGCUGCUGGAGAGGGGAGGAUGGAAGUUAUAUAUUUACCGAGGGAAGGGCCGAGAAUAACGGGCAAUGAACAAGAGAAUAGAAGAGGGGACUCCUUGUUCCUAAACUGUACUUCGGGCCGGUCGUACCCCGCGGCGGUACUGAGCUGGGACAUCGAUGGAGAAAAGGUCAUGGACCCCCAACUUCUCGUAGAGUACCCGCCAACGCAGCACGCGCAUGGUCUACUAUCCACAGCGUUGGGACUUCGCGUCCCCGUCGGCAGAACCAUGCAAGUCCGAUGUACGGCCCGAGUGGCCCCCGCUUGGCGGGAAGGCAGCGAGGCAGUCGUCGGGAACAGCCAGCUUGCAGACAGCAAGGAGGCCAUGCUACUAGGUAUCGGGGAGGACAGCAUACUUUUGAGGAGUUCAAGCGAGGCGUCUGCGCUAAGUGUAAUACUGUUAACACUUUCCCUCACCCUCCUCUUCAGAUCCCUAAUGCAAUCAGAAACGUGAUAAAUUAUCUCAACUCUUUUAUUAACAAAACGUGAUUUAGACUCAGGCAAGGCUACGGCGUAUUCCGACAAAGGAAUACUCCCAACAAACUCUUAGAUAUAAUUAAACAUUAUUUCUUUGACUUUUGUAAUAUUGUAAUUGGUUCUCAUGAUAAUUGUUUACGUGAUAAUGUACAAUUCAGGUAGUUAGUAAAUACUUAAAUGUUUUAUAGUAAAAUAUUGAAUUAAGUCCUCGAUACAUAUCUCGGUCUUUAUUGCUAGUGUUAAUUUUGUUGGUACUUUCUCAAAAGUGAAGUGUUAUCGUUAGGUAUAAAAUUUAUAUUUUUGCAGCAAAAGCUAUUUGUAUUUAAGUUUUUAUUUGAAAACCUAUCUUUAGAAUUCAAAAUUAUAUUGUAAAUAAAAGUUUAGAAUCGCCUUCUUAGAUCUACUGAUGUAUAUAAAGUUAUAAUACUAGUCGAUCUCUUUUGUAAGAAUAUUAUAAAAAUCGAGAACUUAACUACGUACUGGGAAUGUUGACGACUUGUAAAAACAAUGAGGGAUUAUAAUAAAAUAAAUUUAAUACUAGGAAUGUAAACUGCUUUUAAGAACUUUCUUUUUUUGUAACCAAGUUUUCUAAGUACUUUUGUGUAAGAAAAUCUUGAACAAAACACUGCUGUAUUAUAAAAUAAGUUUGGUUGAAAAUAUUAUAUAUGCCGAUGGUGUAAAAAUAUUUGUCAGUACAUAUCCUGAAUUGCUGAAUAUCACGAUCCAGUUGUACAUAUCGGACUAGUAACACAUAAUAUGCUUUUGUUGUUAACGUCUACUGUAAUUAGUAUUAUACUGGCAUGAUUUUUGUUGAAAUAAAGAGCGAUAUUUGUUA